AUGGAAGAGGCGGAGAAGGUGAAGGUGGUAGUGAGGUGUCGCCCUAUAUCACAGCAAGAGCUUAAUCAAGGACACAAAGUAGCUGUCCGUGUUUUUACGGAUGACAACUCUGUUGUAUUGGAGCAAAUGAAUGGGAAAGAGGAACCACGGAGAACAUUUUUCUUCGAUGCUGUCUUCCCUGAAGAUUGUGAUCAGAUGCGCGUCUAUAACGUUGCUGCUAGGCCAAUAGUGGAGAAUGUGCUUAAAGGAUAUAAUGGUACGAUAUUCGCAUAUGGCCAGACUGGGACUGGUAAAACCUUCACGAUGACUGGUGAUCUUGAUCGACCUGAAUUGCAAGGAAUCAUACCGAACUCAUUUGCGCACAUCUUUGAUCACAUUGCCAAAUGUCAACAGGAUACGACUUUUCUCGUUCGCGUUUCCUACUUAGAAAUUUAUAAUGAGGAAUUGCGUGAUUUAUUGGCAAAAGAUGGGCAUGGAGCGAAUCUUGAGAUAAAGGAGAAAGCAGACGUUGGUGUUUAUGUUAAAAAUUUGAUUUCUAUUAUAGUCGGAAGUGCUAGUCAGAUGCAGAAACUUAUGGAAUUUGGCAAUAGAAAUAUGACAGUUGAGUCAAGCGAACGAGGCAUGGUAACUCAAGGCAAACUUCACCUUGUUGACUUAGCUGGUAGCGAAAGACAGAGUAAGACGGGAGCGGUAGGAGAGCGCUUGAAGGAAGCAGCUAAAAUUAAUCUGUCUCUAUCCACUCUUGGUAAUGUGAUCAGUGCGCUUGUUGAUGUGAAAUCCACUCAUAUUCCAUACAGGAAUUCAAAAUUGACGCGAUUACUGCAAGAUUCGCUUGGUGGAAAUUCAAAGACCGUAAUGAUUGCAAACAUUGGACCAGCCUCUUAUAACUACGAGGAAACAUUAUCGACGCUACGUUACGCAAACAGGGCGAAAAAUAUCCAGAACAUAGCCAGGAUAAAUGAAGACCCGAAAGACGCGCAGUUGAGGAAGUACCAACGUGAAAUCGAAAUGUUGAGAAAACAGUUGGCCGAAGAGGAUGUUGAAAUGAACAAUGAAAACGAGGCCACUUGGGAGCAACGUAUGAGAGAAAUGGAGCAGAAUCUAGAGAAAACAAGGGAGGAGUUGGCCGGCCGAAACGUGGAAGACGAAGAGACGAAAGCACUAGUGCAGAAAAUGCUUGAUAGAGAGGCAGAAUUAAAGCGCGCUAGAGCUGAACACGCCGAUUUGCUUGCAAAGCUUAGCCAGAUCGAAAGUCGGCUGAUUAUUGGCGGAGAAAACAUGUUGGAAAAAGCCGAGGAACAAGCAAGAUUAUUAGAAGAGAGUAAUCGAGAGCUGGAGUUGUCAAAAACACAGGAGUCUCACCUUCGUGACCAGCUCAAGAAAAAGGCAGCGGCUAGAGAAGAUAUAGAGGAGAAGUUCUCUUCACUUCAAGAGGAAGCGGCAGCGAAAACUCGUCGAUUGCGUCGUGUUUGGAGUGAACUAUGUGAAGUCCGAACAGAACUAUCGGAUUCAGAGUCGGAACAUCAACGAGAAAUCGAGGGGCUGCUUGAGAGCGUCAGACAGCUACGAAAGGAGCUGCUUCUAAACAUGACGAUCAUUGACGAAUACAUACCACCUGAAUAUGUUGAGCUAAUCGAGAGGUAUGUGAGCUGGAGUGAAGAAAUGGGUGACUGGCAGUUGAACGCCAUAGCAUAUACUGGGAAUAACAUGCGGGAGACGGCCAUGCUUCCUGUGCAGCCGUAUCAGUUGGACGCCAAUCAGUCGAUUCCACUAUUCUACUCUUAUAAAAUGGAUCUUGGUGCAACGUCAACAACGUCGCGUCCUCGCACGAGAAGUGGAAAGAGGUCUGGUAAACAAAAUACGCUAGAGUGUACCGUUAUUUGUGUUUCCACAUAG